AUGUCUUCCUUAACCUUCAAUAUCCGAGCGUUCCUGGUCUCUCUAACCGGCCUCGUCUGCUCGGUUUUCAUUGUGAUUCUUAACGCGCGUCUUCUUUGGCGCUUCCGGACGUCGGCGAUGCGACACAAACCCGAAUAUCACCUGUUCACCAUUCGAUUCGUCAUUGACAUUUGUUUUUCUCUCACAGGUACUUGUUUCAUGAUCUUAGAAUUAGUUCAAAUUUCAAAUUUCAGUGAGUUUUUACUACACCGGACUCAUUCUGUCCUACAUAGAUUCGUUCGUUCUGUUCGAGUACAAAUCCCUUUUCUUUAUCACUUUGCUCUCCUCCAACAUGACCUCCACCCGUUUCCUUUUGGCUUUUCUCAUAUCGAUCGAGAGACUGAUCGCUGUGUUCUUCCCGAUCAAUUUCUAUAACAACCGUCGGAGAAUCCCCAUUUUCAUCUUUUUCGUCCUCGUGUUCAUGUGGGGAACGUUCGAGGACGUCAUGUACUUCUCAGUCUGCAACGUCUCCCCGUUCGCCAAAAGCUGCUCCAUUCUUGCUUGCACCUGGAAUGACUGUUUUCUACAAUAUUGGACAGGUAACAAGCUGGUGAGCUGCUGCAUAAUUCGUGCUUUUUUGUAAAUGUAACCGUUGAGAUCAUCGGAGCGUUCUCGUGCGUCAGCUCGCUCAUCCUGUUCGUCAAGCUUCUCUCGCUGAAGCGUGAGAUUCAUCUCAACACCGACUUAUCCAAAGUGAGUAGUUGCUCGUGCUCCCAAUGACCUUUUCUCUUGCAGACAAAUUAUUUGUGCAUCGUCGACGCGUGUCUCACCAUUCUCUUCGACUUUUCGCCUUUUCUCAUCACCCUCGUCUUCAAGACACAACUUCUGUCCGCUGACGUUAGUCUUGUGCAGACUCCACAAGAAUACCUGAAGUUUGUUUCAGAUCUACGGACCAUACAAUGCGACCGCGAAGAGCCUUUCCUGUUUCUUUGACGCUAUCAUCGCCACGUUCGUGCUCAGAAUGACCGCCAAACCGGCACACAUCAAAAGUGUCAAUCCUCGAAGCGGUGUUGUUUCAGAAAGAUUACCAUCUAGUAAAACUUUUGGAUAGCUUUGCUUGGAUAAAUCGUUUUUUGUUCGUCACUCCCUUCAUCUUGUUAUUGUACCCGAAAGCUUGUUAGACGAUUCGAGGGCGAGGAGAGAGCGGAGACGCAGUCGGAAAAGGAGGACACGACAGAAGAUACUGCACGGCGGCCUUCGAAUCAGUGUAAGAAAACCUUCGGCCCGCGCUCGCCCUCAUCCCCCACUUAGUCUAAUUCUGUGCGGAAUGAAAUGAAGUUUCUAGUUCACAUCACAUGUCUUUCCACUUUUAUUCUCUCUUAUUCUUGCGCCGAUGAACAAUAUUGGAAGGUUUCCGUUGUUCAAAUGGUACGAACCCGUUAACAGAGUGUUCAGGACGAGGACGGAUUGGAAGUAACGAUAACAAAGGCGAUAGAUGAGGCGGAGUGCGAGAUGAAGUCGGCCGGCGGAGACGUCGUCGAUCAGUACUACAAACUGACGGACGAGAGCGGCACCGAGAUUGGCAGCAAUUUCGGGAAAAAGCCGUACACGUUCACGCUGGGCAAGAACCAAGUGAUAGCCGGAAUGGACCGUGCGAUGAGAGGAAUGUGCAUCGGAGAGAUCCGAAAAGUGGUCAUUCCGCCAAAGUUGGGAUUUGCAAAGUGAGUGGUGAUGUCUGAUUUCUUAUUCUCAUGCAGCUUUUUAGAGACACGUCUGGCCAGCCUCUCUAUUACACCGUGCAGCUGGUGAACCUGUUCCGCGCGAAUCCCGGAGAGAGAUGGGUCACCGAAGAGGGCAUCCAAAUCGAGCAGACGCACAAGAUCGAGGCGGAAAAGUGCAGAAAAGCGGAGCAGGGCGACAAAAUCUAUCAGCAGUACGUCCUUCGACUAGAAGAUAACACCCUGGUCGACUCGUCUUACUCGCGGAACUCCCCGUUUGUGUUCAGGCUCAGAAAUAGAGUGAGUUGAUGUUUUGCAAAGAAAAAUUGUUUCGCGGAAUCGGAAGUAAUUCGAUAAGCUAAUACACGUAGUGGAGCCAAGAAGCAUGAGUAGAGCAGAACUGGUAAAGAAAUUUCAGGAAGUGAUUGACGGCAUGGACAUUGCGAUGGACGGAAUGUGCGAAGGAGAGCGUCGUCGAGUUGUGAUCCCAUCGGAGUACGGAUACGGAGCACAGGGUUCGCCUCCAGAGAUCCCCGGCGGAGCGCGUCUUUUCUUUGAAAUAGUGCUCGAGAAGCUUGUGAAGCGGGACGAACUCUAA